GAUGAUGAUGAAGAGCAUUGUCUGGUUCAGGAGGUUCCUCGCGCUCUCCCUGGCGGUCCUGUGCGCGCUCCAGCCCGCGCGCGCUGCGCACCAUCACCAUCACUGUAGCGGGCCUCUGGUCUCGGUUCUUCCUCCCACGUCGUUCCAGAGCUCAUCCGUGUCCUCGGCGAGUCAUGCUGGGUAUUAUGCUAAGCUAAACAGCAGAGAUGGAGGCGGAGGCUGGAGCCCUGAUCGUACGGACCGGCUGCGCUGGCUGCAGGUUGACCUGCGUGAGAGGAUGGAGGUGAUCGCCGUGGCGACGCAGGGGGCUUCAGGCAGCUCUGACUGGGUAACGGGAUACACGCUGCUGUACAGUGACACAGGGAGAGACUGGAAACAGUACAGACACGAGGACUACGCUGGAGUUUUCUCAGGAAACAGCGACGCAGAUGGCAUUGUCCAUCACAGAUUGCCGCACUCAGUACGGACGCGUUUCCUGCGCUUUCUUCCUGAGAACUGGAGCGCUGAGGGGUGGAUCGGCCUGCGGGUGGAGGUGUACGGCUGCUCCUACAAGUCGGAUGUGGCUGAUUUCGAUGGCAGAAGUGCCCUGCUGUAUCGCUUCAAUCAGAAGUCCAUGAGCACGGUGAAGGAUGUAAUCUCUCUGCAGUUUAAGAGCGUGCGAUCGGACGGCGUCCUGGUCCACAGCGAGGGUCAGAGAGGAGAUUACAUCACACUGGAGCUUCAGCGCAGCCGUCUGGCCUUACACAUCAACCUGGAUGACGCUAAAGCACAUCCCAGUACCGCUCACGUCUCCAUCUCUCUGGGAAGUCUCCUGGAUGAUCAGCACUGGCACUCUGUCCUGAUCGAGCGCUUUAACAAGCAGAUCAACUUUACGGUCGACCGCAUGACACGCCAUGUCCGUUACGGGGGAAUAGGGGAUUCGCUGGACGUCGACUAUGAACUCAGUAUUGGUGGCGUUCCUUUGCCUGGAAAACCAGGAACGUUCCUGCGCAAGAACUUCCAUGGUUGUUUGGAAAACCUCUACUAUAAUGGAGUGAACAUCAUCGACCUGGCCAAGCGCAAGAAACCACAGAUCUACAGUGUGGGUAACGUGACCUUUUCCUGCUCAGAGCCUACAUCGGUCUCGGCCACGUUCCUCAGCUCCAGCAGCAGCUUCCUUUUGGUUCCGGUGACAUUGCAGAUGGAUGAUGUCGAGGCGUCAGGGUGGAGUGCAAGCUUUCAGUUUCGUACGUGGAACCGAGACGCAAUGCUCAUGUGGAUCGCCCUGCAGGGGGCAGAAAAACUUCUUCUGCUGCUGAGUGACACACAACUAAGGCUAACGCACCACCGAUCGGCACUGCAGAGCUCCGAAAUCACCGUCGGCCGCAGUCUGAGCGAUGGAUUUUGGCACUCUGUCUCAGUAAAGCUGAACGGACAUCAGGCUUCUGUCUCCGUUGACAACGAGUCUCCAUCCAGCAUGAUGCUUGGACAUCAUACACAGCCCGGAAGCACUGUCAUCAUUGGAGGAUGUCCAACAUCUUCAGCCAGUCAGGGCUGUCGGAACCCCACUCUGGCCUUUCAGGGCUGCAUGCGCUCCAUCAUCCUCAACAACCAUCCUGUCGACUUGUACAGAGUGCAGAAAGGCUUUCUGGGUAAUUACAGCCAGCUUCAAAUCGACAUCUGUGGCAUUCAAGACAGGUGUUUACCCAAUUACUGUGAGCAUGGUGGUGAAUGUUCUCAAUCCUGGAGCUCCUUUAACUGUGACUGCUCUGGUACAGGAUACACCGGAGCAACCUGCCACAACUCCAUCUUUGAAGUCUCAUGUGAAGCACACCGAUUGGCAGGAAGCUCCUCCGGAUUUUUCUCCAUCGACCCGGAUGGCAGCGGGCCACUCACACACACUGUUGUCUACUGCAACAUGAGCGAGGAAAAGGUGUGGAUGGUGAUCGCUCAUAACAGCUCAAAGCCAGUGAGCAUUCAGGGUUCGAGUUUUCAGAAUCCGCAUGUCAUGAACCUGAACUACAGUGCGUCACUACAUCAGCUCACAACCCUGAUGCACAGAGCACAACAAUGCCAACAGGAAGUGAUGUAUCGCUGCAGGAAGUCCCGCCUCUUUAACACCUGGGAUGGCACUCCAUUGUCAUGGUGGAAAGACAGAGGUGGAGAAAGGCGGACGUACUGGGCCGGGUUCCUGCCUGGUGUUCAGCAGUGUUCCUGCAGCUUGGCUGAGAACUGCAUCGAUAUGAACCAUUUCUGCAACUGUGAUGCAGACCGGAGCUCUUGGGAGAACGACACGGGGUUGCUGUCCUAUAAGGAGCACCUCCCUGUCACCGCCAUGGUGGUGGGAGACACGAACCGGAGUGGAUCGGAAGCUGUUUACCGGAUCGGCUCUCUGCUGUGCCAUGGAGACAGGUUUCUGUGGAACGCCGUGUCAUUCUAUCAGGAGUCGUCGUCCUUGAACUUCCCCACGCUGCAGGCCGAGCUCAGUGUCGAUAUCUCCUUUUACUUCAAAACCACAGCGCCCUCUGGAGUCUUCCUGGAGAAUUUGGGCGGCAAAGAUUUUAUCCGGCUGGAGCUGAGCGCGCCAUCAUCAGUCACGUUAUCGAUCGAUGUCGGAAACGGUCCGUUGGUCCUGACGGUGAAGUCUCACGUCCCGUUGAACGAUAAACAGUGGCACCACAUUCGUGCAGAGCGCAAUGUCAAGGAGGCGUCCUUGCAGGUGGACCAGCUCCCCCUGCGCUUCCUGGAAGCUCCUCCCGAUGGCCACUCCCGUCUGCAGCUCACCGGACAGCUGUUUAUUGGAGGAACCGCCUCCAGGCAGAAGGGAUUUCUGGGAUGCAUGAGAGCGUUAACUAUAAAUGGGAUGACCUUUGACCUUGAGGAACGAGCCAAAAUGACCCCGGGGGUGAGCGCAGGGUGUCCGGGUUACUGCAGCAGCCAGAACCGACUGUGCCAUAACCGAGGACGGUGUAUCGAGAGGAACAACGGAUAUGUGUGUGACUGCACACACUCGGCGUACGGAGGACCGCACUGUCAGACCGAAGUUUCCGUGUCCUUCGAGAGCGGAACGUCAGUGACGUACAUGUUCCAGGAGCCGUACUCGGUGAUGCAGAACACCAGCCGUCAGUCGUCGGCCAUCUUGGCUCAGAGCAGCAGGUCUCGGGAGAACGUAGCAUUCCGUUUCCUCACCACCAGAUCCCCCGCCAUGUUGAUGACCGUCACCACGUACCAGCAGCAGUACAUGGCUAUCAUCCUGGCUCAUAACGGGACGCUACAAAUUUGGUAUAAACUGAAGCGGGAGCAGGAGCCGGAUGUGUUCACGGCCACUGAGCGAAGCCUCGCUAACGGACACCUGCACCGCAUCCAGCUCUACCGAGAGGGCAGGGACGUAUACGUCCAGGUGGAUAAGGAUGUAAGCCAGAAGUUCGGCCUCUCCACGGACCGGGAGCUGAACAUGAUCCGCUCGCUGACACUCGGCAAAGUCACCAGUCGAGUGGGCGUGGCCGAGGAGGUGCUCCAGGCCGGAUCUCGAGGUUUCAUCGGCUGUCUCUCGUCGGUCCAGUUCAAUCACCUCGCUCCUUUAAAGGCGGCCAUUUUGAAUCGAGGAAGCUCACUGGUGAGCGUGCUCGGGAACCUGGUGGAGUCGAACUGCGGGGAGCUGGCCGAUAGAGCAGCCUCGCACUCACUGUCAGACCACACAGACGCAAAGAAGCGAGGGAAGGAGCGUCUAAAGAACCCAGAGGCGAGCGACUCGGCCGUGAUCGGAGGUUUGAUAGCAGCGUUGCUCCUGGUCAUGCUUUGCGUUGUGGCCGUGAUGAUGCAUUUCCUGUUGCGUUUUCGACGCGAACGUUCCCAUCAGCCUAAAGAGAAGGACCCACGUGCUCAACCGGAGCUCACGGACAGCAGGAAGGAGUACUUCAUAUGACCCCUAAAUGACUCCUUGGUCAAGUGACCCUAAAUCACCCACACCAUUCGGGAGGGAGGCAGGAGAGCCACUGGUGUGCCUGAUCCUCGUCCCCUUUCUCCAUAAGCUAAAACUUUUUUUGUGCCCACUAUAAGCUCGAGUGUGGGAAAUAGGACACGACCGAGCAACAGACCACCAAGCCAAGUAAUACAACCUUUGACCUUUGGUCUCGUGAACCCCUUGCUGAGGUUAGGGAGGAGAGCAGAGACUAGACUCAGAUCAGGACACACCUAGUGCUCGUGAUCCUCACUCCCUUCUUCCCUUCCAUUCCAGUCAGGGCUGAUUAAGUGGAAUGGGACACGACCAGGAGGACGGAGUAGGCGGCUGCUGUAGCAAACAAGACGGGAGAAAAUUAUAUGACCUUCGACCUUUAAACUUUUUAAAUGGUCUCGGCAGCACGAGUUGGGACAAAGCCACAGUGGAGGUGACAUCAAGGAGGCUAGGGUGACUUUAGAUGACCUCUGACCCUAGUUAGAAGUGAACUCAAAACUUCAGCGAGAAAUACACAAAAGUACACACACACACUAAUGGAACAUUUCUGUAAGGGCGCUUUCACACUACGGGCUAAAGCAUGGCUCCCGGUACACUUGACCCCAAGGUUUGUUGUGUGUGUGUGUGCGCGCGCGCGUGUGUGUGUAAUAUGAACAGCCCGUAUUGUUCUGGGGUCUGGACCAGCGUACUGUGCUCGAGUCCACUUGAAAAGAUGUUCUUGGUCACGGUAAGGUGUACUCACACACAAAUAAAAUCGAAUAUGAAAGCCAAAUUUAUCUGAACUGGGACGUGGACCCUUGUUUAGGACACAACCGCAUUGGUGCCAUCUGUCUUCUCCAAAAUCUGUGUGCAUGAAGCAGGCACUGAUCUCACGGCCAGAGCUGAUACCGCAGGAAGGCACGCAAGAGCGUCACUCUUUUAGUCGUAGUGGAAAAGUCGACUUCCCAGUUCUCUUCUUCUCUUUGUGUUUAAAACCAACUAGGCGCAUACUGCCACCUGCUGCAUCGGAGAGUCUAACUAUGCACAUGUAUUGGAGUGCAGAUAAUAAUAAUAAUAAUAAUAAUAAUGUUAACUCCAGGCAGCAGGGGAAGGAAAAGCAUGGUACGAAUCAAUCGUGUGUGAAGCCUGAAUGCAGAGAAAAGAGCAGAGACGGUCAAUUUAGGUCAAUCACAUCGCUCCUCGUACUCGAGUCAUUACAUUAAUGAGAGCAUUAUUUAAAAAAUUAUCGAGAGUAUCAAUGAAAGUGUUAAUCAGGGUAUUAAUCAGAGUACUAAUGAGAGUAUUAAUCCGAUUAUUUAUGAGAGUAUUAACGAGAGUACUGACAGUAUUUAUGACGGUAUUAAGAAGAGAUUUUUAUUUAUGAGAGUAUUAUUGGAGUAUUAAUGAGAAUAUUAUUAGAGGGAUUUAGUCGAAGCACUUUCUUUCAAACUCAUUUAUAUCAUUUAGUUUUCAUAAAGACAUCCACGGGGGGGAGGAGAGGACUUACUGUAGCUGGUUGGUUGUAUUAGUCGUAUUGCAUCACAAUUUUCAUCACAUGAAAAAAAAAAUCGUCAUCCAUUAGUCACAUGACCAUCU